UUAAACGAAAUGAUCUGAAAACAGUCUCAGAACUGGGAUGUUCAAGCCUCCACAUCCUUAACUUGCCGGUACAUGCCCAGCUCUGGUUCAGCUGGGGGGGGAGUGAUCGCAUCUAAUCCAUGAAUGGGAGUUUAAAAGGUCCAUUGAUACCCGGGGCUGUCUCCUUCACAAACCAUGCGGAGCUGCGCCUUGUAGUAUCUCUGAGCACCAGAUGGAAGGAACAGAGCUGCAGCCGCUUGAUCAAUGUUUACAGAGCUUCCAGAAGUUACCGCUGUGGAUCAUAGAGUAUAUCUGGGCUCACAAGAUGACAGAUAUACAGGAAGCUGUGGACCCUUCCACUUGGCCAGAAGUGGACUCCCAGCCCCUGAGCCUUGAAGAUUCAUGGAGGCUGCGUGUUGCCUCUGCUAAGGUAUAUUCCAUUGUGAAGAACAGGGACAUGGCACACUUUGAGAGAGUAAUGGGCUUUCUGGAAGCCACUUACAGACUUCUACCCAGACUGGUGGCUCCCAUCAAGCACAUGAAGAUCAUGUUUGGCCUCAAGACCAUGGUCAUCAUGUGGAUGCUCAGGGAGGGUCGAGGAAUGAUUGAUACUGUGUUUAAAAUCAGCCAGUUCUUCCCAAGUAAACUACCUCAAUACCAAGAUCGAUGUAGCCAACAUGAAAUGUUCCUGAUGAGGAAAAACCACCUGGAUUUCAAGGCUCUGGCACAAUCACUUGCUAUGGACAAGGACAAACUGGAAGAUUAUAUUAAGAAUCAGAUGGAGAAGCAGUAUGGUGAACAUUAUGCCCAGAAAGUAGAGGACAGGCUGCUGCACUAUCUGCAUGAGUUGGAGACUGUGUUACCAGGAGAUACCUACAUUGAUAAGAUACUGAAGAAAGAAAGACCGGUGACUGAGGAGGAGAAGCUGUUGUUGGAAGUAAUUACCUCUGACUCCACGACCAUAGCAACAACUCUAAAGAAGCUGCUGCACUGUGAUGUUGCUUGCUGUCGUCCGGGCAGCGUUUCUCAGUCAUCAGAACGGAAGGGAAAAAAUGGAAUGGAAAUCUCUCAACUCUCAAAGUUGGCUGAGCAUGGCAGCUCCUCAAAGGCUCUCCUCAAGUCAGUGGAAGUCAAAACUGCCUUAGAGUCACAGCCAGAGGUUAUUAGGCUAGUACAGGAGGCUGACCAACAUGUGAUCAAGGACAGCCCUCUUUUUUUGGAGAACAACAAUGAUUCAGAUGUUACAAGACAACAACAUAUGGAACAGGAUGGCAAGGUAGACAAGAGGGUGGAGGAAGAGAGCAGUGACAAGGAAAAGGAUAAUAUGAGUCAAAGAAGCCGGGACGAUGUUCAGAAGACCGCCACCUCUCCUCAGUUCUGCUCCAAACACCAGCGAUGGGUGAAGAGCAUCCUGCAGGAGUGUCCUGACGAGUGCUCAGAAGAGUUGCUGCUUCAGGCCAAUGUUUCUUCAUCCCCCCUGCUGUUCCAGUCGUCCUCUUCCACCUCUUCAUCACAGGACCUCACACCCUCUGACCUCAUACCAUGCCCCCCUGACAAGCAACAUCCACCUUCACAGACCUCCACCCAUCUUCAGACAGCAGCCCAGGCAUCUGAACAUACAAACCCUGAAGAUAAGCUCAGCUCUAGACCACCUGGAUCAGCGAGCGAUAUUUCUAAAAUGGAACCUCUAUCUCAGCCCUCUUUGUCCAGAGACAGUCUGCUGCCCGCCUAUUUGUCGCCAGUCGUCCGGUUGAUAGACAUUGCCCGUGUCAGAGGGAUCUACCCUACCUUUAAACCUGAACACACAUCUCCAAAUCACUUCACCACGUCUAGUAACGAACAGACAGCCUCCGCUUCCACUGCUCAGAUACUAACCUCUCCACACCGCCAUACCUCAAGGAAUGACACCAUACCUCAGAGAACAACGAAAGACUCUUCGUUCAACCAAACAGAAACUGUGGCCCCAACAGAUCCCCCGAACACAACGCACAAAGUACAAACCGCUCCAGUAUCUCAGGAUGCCUCUACUUCUACCAGCUGUCCAACAACAACUCGACAGUCUUUUUCCAGACUUUCAAGGAAGUUCAGACGGGCUUGUACUACCACCAGACCCUCACAGGUUAUGGACAGUUUCAGUCAAAACCCUUUAGCUAAGCAGUUAGAAAAGGCCCCAACUUGUCCACCCUUGCCCGAUGACUUCAAUGCCUCUGGGCCUCCUACACAAGAUGUUUCUAUCUCUACUUCUCAAUCAGGGACUCCAUCCACGGUCUGUAUCACCAACCAAAUCCCUUUCUCUACUGAAUCAUCUCGACAAGUUGUCCCUCAGAACUCCAUCAAACCUCAUCCUCAGAGACACCUCAGUGCUUUUCAAUCAAAGCCUGUCGUAUCCUCUACCUCCAAAUCUAAUUGCAUGGCUGUCAGGUCUGAGACCAGAAGAGUCCAAAGAACCCGACUGAGGUUAUCGCUGCCUAGUCAGGCUGCGCUUCUGCAGUCCAAGCUACUGCAGCCCUAUGUGAGUCUUACCAGGCUGAGUGCUCAGGAGUGUUACCGAGUGACCAAGGGGAGAUCCUCAACCAGGUAUGUAGAGCCUGUGGUACAAGGCAGCAAUGAUUACAACGAUGAGGACGUGAUGAGGGAGAACGAAGACGUUGCAGAAUCUUCUUUUGAUCCGAACAUCCUUUACUCCAGCUGUUCUUCAAGCAAUGACAGCGAGGACUCUCUGGUUUGCGACCCUGACUACAAACCUAGCAUUAAAAAGAAAAGACUUCUUUUAGAGUAUGAGAAUGCAAGGAGCCUGAAUCUUAUAUGAGAGCAUUUGAAUAUGGACUAUAGCCCGACCAAUACUGAUAUUUGGGAGUUUAAUAAAAAUCAAGUAACAAGA